CUUCUUCUUCUUCUUCAGGUGUUGUGUAUUCAGAUCUUGUGGCUGGUCUGCUGGCCUCUCUUCUCUGAAGCAGCCAAAUUCCGCUGUGGCACCGAUCUCCUCAGCGAUCUUCUCUUUGUGUGCGGGGAUCGUGGAAUCUACUUCGGUAGAGGUACGUGGUCCGGUUACGGUGCUCGGCCCAGAGGGAAGGGCAUAGUCGACCAGUGCUGCCGCCCGGGCGGCUGUGAGCUUCACCAUCUGGAGAAGUACUGUGCCAAACCCAAGAGCCUGCUGAUGACCACUGCUCCACCGACCACAACCACAGCUCCACCAACUACAACCACAGCUCCACCAACUACAACCACAGACUCCACCACUACAACCACAGCUCCACUGACCACAGUUUCACCAAUUACAACCACAGCGGCACCAACCACGACACAGCCAGAUGUGGUGCAGCAGUUUGAAGCAGUGUUUCACAAGAGACUUCUCGAGCACCUGGGUGCUCCCGACAGUCCGAAGAGGGAGGCCUACAGAAAGAAAACGCAGCCCUCGCCGCGGCGGAGAGGCAAGGUUUUAUCGUCUAACAGGAGGAGACAGGAGAGCGCGUCCGGCAGGUCUUUGUCGGCCUCGGGGAGAGCGACCAGAUGACUGAGCUGAGGAUCCAGUGACAAUGACAGACACAAAGAGUCGCCCGGUGACAUGAAGGACAUUUUAUCCGUGUUUUCACAUCCACAACAAAGACAAGUGCAACAACUGUGUUACUUUAUCUACUUAUCUGUCUGCCUGGUGACCUUAUGUGACACGUUAAACUGACAACAUUGUAAAUAGUCCUCCAUCUACAGCAAUAGAAUGUGCUUAUUUAUUUUUAUGAACUUCCUUGAGUAGAAAAUGCCAGUGGGAUUUCCUGGUCGUUCUGGUUUCACUUCUUCAGCCUUUUUCUGUUGCACAGCGUUGCUUCUACAGGGAGAGUAACUUAAUUUCAACACAUCAUUCAAAUUUAUUGUCAACAAACUAAUGUAUAUCUAUAUUUGUUAAAAACAAAAAAAGGGCUACUAGUUACUUUUACAGCUCAAUAUUCAAGUAUCAUGGUGGUACUUGGUAUAAAAGGUUUGAGAACCACUUGUCUAGAACCUUCACUGCCUCCAUUAACCUGAACGUUUUAAAGGUGCUAUAGGAGGAUUUCUGGACCCAAUUCUUCCUCGUGCUUAAUUACUUACGAGUCAAAAAUCACGUCAUCGAUCAGAUUUAAAUUUGAGGACUUGGUUUUUUGGUUUUAGCUCUGUUUUGGUUGCCACCAGUUCUGGAGAAAAGGAGCAGAGACUUUAGCUGCUAAACGCUCAUUUACAUAUGUUCACCUGCUGCAACUCUUGUCUCUCCAUAAGUUCCCACACAACUACAAUGCAUUCUUAUUUAACAUUUCAUAAAGAGCUAACUUACUCCCACAAUUGUUUUUAAUGUAUCAUCAAAACUGACAUACUUGUCAAGUAUUUGAGGUGAAAUUUGGAAUGGUGGUGGUUUGAGACUAAUUGUUGUGGUUGUUUAUGUCUUUGUACGAGAACACUGGAGUUCACUAAACAGCAGACGACCACAGCUGAGAAAAAAACAUGAGUUUUAUUUUCUACCUAAAGCAAACCACAUUCAUAACCAGGACAUGGUUAUGAUCACGUUGAUGUGCAUGUCUGUAAAUAAGAAUAAUAAUGAUAAUAUUACAGUAUGAUGUCAUUUUUUAUUUUGAUUGAGAACGCAGUUUAUUUUGUAUCAGUUGAUCUGAUCCAGUGUCACUUUAGUCUUUUUUUUUUUACACAUACACAGACUAAAAUUCAUGUAUUUAAAGUAUGUGACUGUAUCUGUUCAUGUACAGUGAUACCUUCUAUAGCACUUUGACUGAGUGACUGUUUAUGUAGCUUUUAUUGUUGUGUAUGUUGGUUAUUGUUUUUAAAUUGUGCCUA